GUGAACUGCACCUUCACACGGCAGCCAAAGCGGCAGCAGCGUCUUCUGUCCGGGACUGCCUGUCCUCAGAGGCAGUGUUUACAGCAAUAAGCCGUCGCACAAGAAGAUCCACGACCUGCCGGCAACAUGGUGAACUUUACUGUGGACCAGAUCCGUGCCAUCAUGGACAAAAAGUCCAACAUCAGAAACAUGUCUGUGAUUGCUCACGUGGAUCAUGGGAAGUCCACGUUGACCGACUCACUGGUAUCCAAGGCGGGGAUUAUUGCUUCAGCCCGGGCCGGAGAAACCCGCUUCACGGACACGCGCAAAGAUGAGCAGGAACGCUGCAUCACCAUAAAAUCAACGGCUAUCUCCAUGUAUUAUGAGCUUGGAGAGAAUGACUUGGCAUUCAUCAAGCAGUGUAAAGACGGAAAUGGCUUCCUCAUCAACCUGAUUGAUUCUCCGGGUCACGUUGAUUUCUCUUCUGAGGUCACAGCUGCCCUCAGAGUAACUGAUGGAGCCCUGGUGGUGGUGGACUGUGUCUCAGGUGUGUGUGUGCAGACUGAAACUGUACUGCGGCAGGCAAUCGCUGAGCGCAUCAAGCCAGUUCUGAUGAUGAACAAGAUGGACCGGGCCUUGCUUGAGCUGCAGCUGGAGCCAGAUGAACUUUUCCAGACAUUUCAGCGUAUCGUGGAGAACGUCAACGUCAUCAUCUCCACCUAUGGAGAAGAUGAAGGUGGACCCAUGGGGAACAUCAUGAUUGACCCUGUUAUUGGCACAGUUGGGUUCGGCUCCGGCCUCCACGGUUGGGCUUUCACCUUGAAGCAGUUUGCUGAGAUGUAUGUGGCUAAAUUUGCUGCUAAGGGAGUUGCUCAGCUUGGACCAGCAGAGAGAUGUAAGAAGGUGGAGGACAUGAUGAAGAAGCUGUGGGGAGACAGAUAUUUUGAUCCAAGUGCUGGUAAAUUCAGUAAGACUGCCACUGGUCCUGAUGGUCAGAAAUUACCUCGAACCUUCUCCCAGCUUGUUUUGGAUCCCAUUUUUAAGGUAUUUGAUGCCAUCAUGAAUUUUAAAAAGGAAGAGACAGCCAAACUAAUUGAUAAGCUGGAUGUCAAACUGGACACUGAGGACAAAGAGAAGGAAGGGAAGCCCCUCCUGAAGGCUGUGAUGCGUCGCUGGCUGCCUGCCGGAGAGGCUUUGCUCCAGAUGAUCACCAUCCACCUGCCCUCCCCUGUCACUGCACAGAAGUACCGCUGUGAGCUUCUCUAUGAAGGGCCUGGAGAUGACGAAGCUGCCAUGGGUAUUAAGAACUGUGAUCCCAAGGCUCCUUUGAUGAUGUAUAUCUCCAAGAUGGUCCCAACUAGCGACAAGGGCCGUUUCUACGCCUUUGGUCGUGUGUUUUCCGGCUGUGUGUCCACAGGCCAGAAAGUGCGCAUCAUGGGACCAAACUUCGCCCCUGGAAAGAAGGAAGAUCUCUACAUUAAACCUAUCCAGAGGACUAUUCUGAUGAUGGGUCGGUACGUGGAGCCUAUUGAAGAUGUCCCAUGUGGCAACAUAGUGGGGCUCGUUGGAGUGGACCAGUUCCUGGUUAAGACAGGGACCAUUACCACUUUCGAACAAGCCCACAACAUGAGAGUGAUGAAGUUCAGUGUGAGUCCUGUGGUCAGAGUUGCUGUGGAGGCCAAGAAUCCUGCUGACUUGCCCAAGCUGGUGGAGGGCCUGAAACGUUUGGCCAAGUCAGACCCCAUGGUGCAGUGCAUCAUUGAGGAGUCUGGGGAACACAUCAUAGCUGGAGCAGGAGAGUUGCACCUGGAGAUCUGCCUCAAGGACCUGGAGGAGGACCAUGCCUGCAUUCCACUGAAGAAAUCAGACCCAGUGGUGUCUUACAGAGAGACGGUGACAGAGGAAUCAGACCAGAUGUGUCUGUCUAAGUCCCCCAACAAGCACAAUCGUCUUUUCAUGAAGGCCCGUCCGUUCCCGGAUGGCCUGGCUGAAGAUAUCGAGAAGGGGGAUGUCACUGCUCGACAGGAGCUGAAGGCUCGUGCCCGUUACCUUGCUGACAAGUAUGAGUGGGAGGUGACAGAAGCCAGGAAGAUCUGGUGCUUCGGUCCUGAUGGAAACGGGGCCAACCUGCUGAUAGACAUCACAAAGGGGGUUCAGUACCUCAAUGAAAUCAAGGACAGUGUAGCAGCUGGUUUCCAGUGGGCAACUAAAGAGGGCGCAUUGUGUGAGGAAAACAUGCGUGCAAUACGCUUUGACAUCCAUGAUGUGACACUGCACGCAGAUGCUAUUCACCGUGGUGGAGGGCAGAUUAUUCCCACAGCUCGUAGGGUUCUGUAUGCCUGUCAGCUCACCGCUCAGCCUCGUCUCAUGGAGCCAGUCUACCUUGUGGAGAUACAGUGCCCUGAGCAGGUGGUUGGUGGGAUCUAUGGUGUGUUGAACAGGAAACGUGGCCAUGUGUUUGAAGAGUCCCAAGUUAUGGGAACACCUAUGUUUGUGGUAAAAGCCUACCUGCCUGUCAAUGAAUCUUUCGGGUUUACAGCUGACCUGCGCAGUAACACUGGAGGCCAGGCCUUCCCUCAGUGUGUAUUUGACCACUGGCAGAUUCUCCAGGGAGACCCCAGUGACCCUACCAGCAGACCCUUCCAAGUUGUCGCAGAAAUUAGGAAACGCAAAGGUCUAAAAGAGGGCAUACCAGCCCUUGACAACUAUUUGGACAAAUUGUGAGCUCCAAUCCUGGAUUAUAAAACACCAAAUCAAUACCAAACCCUACCCCAAGGGCACUUCAAAAACAUUUGCACAGGCUUCAGUAUACAUGGCAAGGAUUGAUUUAACUUUGAGUCGAGAGCAGAAAUAAAGCUUUAGUUGUGGGGUAGUGAAAGCAGUGAUGCUUUUUUUUCCAUUUCACAGCUACCGUACACCAAGUGCCUAGGGUGAGGGUUUUGGAAAGCAAUUGGAUCAAAGUAGUUAUUCCUUGUUUCUUUUUUUUCACAUCAUCCCCUUAUCCUUCAGCUUCUCUGCCAGGAUGGGCCUGUACAGUGCACUGUGAAACUGCUGCAAUAAUGCUUAUUUAAAUGGGUCAUGGCCAGAUGUAAUAAAUGGAAAUCACAAUAAAGUGUUACAGAACUCAAAUUACUGAAUUGGACUUUUGUUCAAAUGAUAAAAUAAAAAAUGCAACUCAUGUUGAAAAUG